UUGCAUCAAUUUUUAACUCAAGAAAGUUCAAGGACAGAAAACUCUGAGUCGUGUCAGCAAAGACUGCCCAAAGAGUGCCCAACCACAUUCAACAACAACACAGAUAAAGUUCAAAGUCUACAGUGAUAUAUUUUGUUAUGGUCUGAAUUAAACCUCAGGUGUUAUUUGUAACGAUGUUCAUGGAACUUCAAGGUAAUUUAUCAACAAGAAAUGGCUCAAACACAACUGCUGUUAACAACACAGAUCAUGAGAUAUACAACAAACUAUCUGCGGCACCACUAUUUCUGACGAUAUAUGCUGUCGUAUUCAUCGUUGCCGUUGGUGGUAACUGCCUGGUCAUCUGGAUUAUGACCACACAUCGUAAACUUCACGAAGUUACCAUUAACUAUCUGCUGGUCAAUCUUGCUGUAGCUGACCUCAUUCAAACAUUUUCGAGCAUAUUUCAUGUCGCGGAUUUUAUGGUAAAAGAUCUAAAUAUCGGCAACGUUGGUUGUAAGUUCCAGCUCAACAUGUUCAAUAUUCCGUAUGCUGUUUCGGUUCUAACUCUUACUCUCAUCGCUUACGAACGCUACUGCGCCAUUUGUAAACCUGUCUUCUUCACCGAGGUAAAGCAUCGAGUUCGUUGUAUCAUACCAGCAAUAUGGCUGGUGUCCAUCUGCGUUUUCAUACCAACCAUCAUCUAUUGUGGUCUAAGAAUGGACACGAAGAAAAACCAACUGACUUGUGAUUGCACACAAAGGUGGCCAAGCCUGAGGUCCAUGAAUACCUACGGUAUAUUCCUGGUCGUACUCCUGUAUGUUAUCCCGCUGGUCAUUAUUUCUAGACUGUAUUUCGUGGUAAUUCGCAGGCUCAGAAGGCCCAUCCCUGGGGAGCAGCAUGGGACAGUUACGACUUAUCAGUCGCGACAAGGAAUUUACAACGUGUUGUAUUUCCUGAAGAGAAUUGAAUAUGAUUUCCGACGGAUAUAUAGAUUCGUUUGGUAUCCAGCUCUGCUUUUGGCGUUCAUAAGCUGUGCAUUCAACCCAAUAAUAUAUUGCUUCUUAAGCAAGAAUUUCCGAAAGGCUUUAAGGUCUAUCGUGUGCUGUGUCAAAGUCCCGAAAAUCGGUGGCAUUUUGUCAAGUGGAACGCCGUUAACUCCACGGAGAACUGUCCGUACAAGAUUAACAUUUAGAUGAGUGACGAGGAUUUAGGAUAGCAACUAAGCCGUGAUGUUGAUAGGCUACACGUUAUAAAUCUUAAAAAAAAUAAGAUUUAUACACAUGCAAACUGACAUCAUAAAUUCAUAAUG